AUGAGUCAAAACGAAAACAAUAACAACAAUAACAACAUAGCCGACACCAGGCUAACGUCAUCAAUCAAACAUAAUAAGAAGACAUAUGAUAAACUGAGAUUCAAGAGAAUACUUCGAGCCAAAUUAAAGGAAAAUGAUGAAGCUCAUCAACAGAAUGGUGUCUUGAAACCAGCCACUAAGAAAUCAACUUUGAAGAAUGAUAAUAGUGAUUUACUCAUAUAUUUGAUAUAUAUAAGUUACUUGAAUGAAUUAAUCACAGAAGGUAGUAGUGAUAGUCAUGGUGGAAGUGGAGAAGAUGGUGAAAUAACAAAUUACAGAAUAGAUAAAGCUCAUGAAAUGAUUAUGAAACGAUAUCGUGGUUGA